CUCACCCCCACUCCCCGCAGCUUUGAUGUUCAAACAACAAAAAAACAACCGAGAACGGAGACGUCUCACCUUCAGAAUUUGGAAAUAACAUCUACUGAAGUGAGGAUUCCACAUCACAAAAUAAUGUAACAUAUCUGGUGAAAAUGAGGGCACCACAUUAUUGGAGGAGCUGCAAUGUUGUGUUCUCUACAAGAGAUUCACGCACAUUAAUGAUAUACCAUCAUAUCCUGUGAAGCAGAUCAAACUUCAUGAGGAUCAUAUAUUCUUACAUCUUUGGAGUGAGGUCUCACAAGUGAAGUUGACGUGCUGUUGUAUCUGCUGAGGAAAAUCCCCACUCGCUUUAUCCUGUUAGAAGUAACAUCCCAACAUUUUGGAAAUGAUGCAUUCAUGUGACAAUUUAGGAAGUUCAUGAAGUGGACAGAGCUGUUAGAAAUGAGUUGCUGUCAUGACACUUCUCUACAUAGAACAUCAAAAACCUGAGAAAAGACUGGCAAUUCAUUUGUGCUAUAUCAUCACACUCUACAUUCAAAAACCUUGAGACCAUUUCCGAUUAAACAUUUCUCCUCAAAAUAAAGUUCAGGUUUGGUCAAAAGCAGACAACUGUUUGUAAUGGAGCCAGAAUCCAAAAACAAAACUAUGGAUGUAACAACUUUAAAAGGAGAGGUGAUUUAUUUUAUUGUGUCCAAGGAAAAACAGCCUGGUGGGAAAAUGGAUGCAGUUUUGCAAUUUAAUAGAAUGACAUUUGAUUCAGAAACUGGGAAAUUCAAACAAAAAUUUUCAGGAAAAUUCAUCCUCAAACAAAAAUGUUCCUCCUUGCAAAUUGUUGCCUGUUGUUGUGCUAUUGAUUCAAGAACAGGACAAAAUGCCCCUUGCAUUUUGCUUGAGAAGCAUAGAAAGGCUCAUUCUAAAUUUAGAUAUAGUUUACUUAUGCUGCACAGUUCAAAUCAAGUUGAACAGUGUUUGGAUUUUGAAUUAGACUAUGAACUGAAGGAGAACGUAACCCUGUUGACUGGACCUAGUAUUUUUUGGAGCUGUGGAAACCAUGUAUAUUAUAUAUCUUCUGAAACUAAUGGUUUUUUUAAAAUUCCCAUUUCAUUUACUGCAGUUAAAUGGAUUGGAGAGAUUUCUGAUGGGGACAUAAUUGUACUGGGUGUAAGAAAAGCUAUUGAACCUGUGAAAAGUGAUGAAAUCUCUAUUCGUCACGCUGAUAAAUUGAUCUGGGGUUGUGAAUUUGUCACCUAUUCUUUACAAAAGAGAGAAAACUUCUGCAUCAGCCAUCAUUUCAUUCCACAUGCUUACAGUUGUGUAGUUACAAGCAUACUUAUUUGCCCAAGUGAAGAAAUAGACAAUCAAAUAAAGACUAUCGUUGUAGCAACCACGUGUAAGAAGCAACUGGUAUUGUUUGAAAACUGUGUCCCCAAGAAUGUCUGCCAGCUUCCUUUUGACGAAUCUCAUAAAAUAAAAGUGGUAACAACAGGCAGAGAGAAUUGCUUCUUUCUUGUGUCUUCGAAGGCUGGAAGAGUUUGUGCUGUCUCAAAGGAAAGUUGGCAGGUUGUUGCUGUUUGGCAGGAGAUAUGGACAGUACAAUUGGAUGACUUCUUAGGCCUAGGAACUGAACAAAUCUUAUUGCUCCCUUCGGCAGCUUGCACUGUUGAAGACUGCUUCAAAAGUUUUGUCUUAACUGAUCUUGGUGAAUUCAUUCACAAUGUUAACUCUGGACAUGCUGAAGAUAAUGGAACACAAACUUAUGACAAGGGACAUGUAAAUUAUUACCACACGGUCCAAGCUCUGGAGGCAAGAUUACAGCUCGGCCUAGCCUCUCUUGAAGAACUACAACAACUAUUAAGAGCUAAAGAAAGAGUUUUACUUCAGUCAACCAAAGCUCUAACAAGCCUUCUUGAAGGAAAGCAGUCUAUCUUGCCACCAGCUGAGGAGGAAGGUUUGGUUUCUCUUUGGAAUGAAGAGCAGCUGGACCUGCGGCCUCUUGUAGAGCAGGCUUGUCCUACCAGUCAGGUGUUAAACUACCCAGUACAGAAGAUCUGGCAACGCAUUGUGGAUAACAGCUGGAUCGUAGGGAUACAAUUAUCUGAAUCUGUCAGCUUAAAUUUUGACUAUCUGAGUUUGUCGCUGGUGAUGGAUCAUGACUUUACUGCUGCUCCAGUGAUUCAAUCUCAAAGUAAAGUAUUGAAGGUAAGCAGAUCCCCAGUGUUGGCAUCAUUUCACCAAUAUCCAUCAGAACCUCCACUGAAGAAACCAAGACUGGAGAUGCAAGAUAUACAUGCUUUGAGGAGCAGCCAUAAGGAAGACCCGUGUUUUCAGACUUACAAAGAUCAUACACAGACCAUCACAGUUGUCACCGACUUGUCGCCCCUGCUGAUAUACAAUAAUAUUCAUUGCUGUGUAUUACUACAUGGUACAAUGGGUCCUAUUCAGAAAACUGAAUUAACAACAAGAGAGAAGAUUAUAUCAUGUGGCAGAGUUUCUUUAAACCUGGAGGACAUCUGGAAUGAAAAGUAUGCAAUAAACUUGUUGCAGAAUCCUUUGCUAUGUACAGACAAUGCAGUAGAAGAUUUUUAUGGCACUGUAGCUACAUCGCGAAGAUCAUCAUUCCGAAUAUUUUCUCCUGAUUAUACUCUGACUCGGGUGAAAGAUUGGUUGUUGGGUUCAAUGCAGUGUGAUCCUUUGAAAAUCUGCCCAGAAUAUCUACUGUGUUCUAAAAGUGGACCUCUACAGGGUAUUCUACUUAACUGGCAUCCACAAAAUCCUUUCCAAGGAAUUUUAACAGUACUUUGCAGAAACCAAUCGUUUUUGCUGAUGUUUCUUCAUGGCCUAAUUAAAAUCCUUCCACAGGGUUGUGUAGUAACCCACGUUAGUGCUGGGACUGAAGAUCAAAUUGUGGACAUGUUGGGGUGUGCUCUUGAGCAAGAGUGUCUUGCCUUCAGAAAUGUGAUCACUUCUGCUAUCUCUGAAACUGAGAAUGCGUUCACAAUGAGAGCCAAAACAGAGAAAAAGCAGAAUAUUUUGGUUCAUACUCCCUUAUUAAAUAGUGAGGAAAAGGUACAAGAGUACAGAGCAAAGUUUCAAAUUGAACAAGAGCAAAGUACUUUGGGGAUGAACCUGUCAAUCACAGGCUUUCAGUACAGAGAAAUUACAAAGAAAUUGACUGAUGUGCAGCUGAACACUGAUAGCUCUGCAUGGAGACUUGGUAGGUUCUACAGUUCAGUUUAUAUUUAAUAAUUAAAGUCAAAUUUCUAUGAAUUCAUCAGAAAAAUGCAUUCGAUAAGACAGAAAGAACAUCUUUAUUUGAUCUUUCCAUUGUUUUACCACAUUUGGCAUGCUGGUGCUAAAGUACUUUGUCAUGCCACUAAAGCAAUUUUUACUCUUGUGCAAACAGACACAUGGGAUACAGUAUAAGACAAACGCCUGAUCUUGGUUCCUCUGAGAAGAAAACUUUGAGCUCUAAUACUUCAUUAAAAAGUUGUAUUUAACAUUGUAUUUCAUAAGCAUAAUUUGUAU